AUGCGACAGAGGGCGGAAUCCGAAUCUCAGCAGGCCCAGCGGCCGCAGCAGCCUCCAAAUGGCGUGCCUCCACCGAGCCCCAACUCGUCCCUCUACCCCUGGUCGCAGCGGCGACUCAACUUUUCUACCCCGACAACAACCCCGUUCCCGCGAUACGGCGCAGCCAUCAAUGCUGUUGCCUCAAAAGAAGGCGAUAUCUACAUGAUGGGUGGUUUGAUCGAUGGAUCUACCGUCAAGGGAGACCUGUGGAUGAUCGAAAGCAGCGGAGGUAGCCUGUCGUGCUUCCAGAUUGCGACAGUUUCGGAAGGCCCGGGUCCUCGGGUCGGCCAUGCCAGCUUGCUGGUCGGAAAUGCGUUCAUUGUGUUUGGCGGAGACACCAAGAUCAACGAAAACGACGCUUUGGAUGAUACGCUUUACCUAUUAAAUACUUCUUCUCGCCAAUGGUCUCGCGCUAUCCCUCCUGGAUCUCGCCCCUCUGGACGAUACGGCCAUUCAUUGAACAUCCUGGGCUCCAAGCUCUACGUUUUUGGAGGUCAGGUUGAGGGAUUCUUCUUCAAUGAUCUGAUUGCAUUCGACUUGAACCAACUUCAGAAUCCCUCGAACAAGUGGGAGUUGCUGAUUCAGAACAGUCAUGAGGGUGGGCCUGCCGAGGGUCAAAUACCACCAGCGAGAACCAACCACACGAUUGUUGGGCUUGGUGAUAAAUUAUACCUGUUCGGUGGAACAAACGGGGUGAAAUGGUUCAACGACGUGUGGUCGUACGAUCCCCGUGCCAAUGCAUGGACCGAAGUGGACUGUGUUGGCUUCAUUCCAACCCCUAGGGAAGGCCAUGCGGCUGCUCUGGUCAACGAUGUGAUGUACGUAUUUGGUGGCCGCACGGACGAGGGACUAGACCUUGGUGAUCUGUCCGCUUUCCGCAUCUCCACCAGACGGUGGUACUCGUUUCAGAAUAUGGGGCCUGCGCCAUCGCCCCGUUCUGGACACAGCAUGACGGCCUUUGGAAAGCAGAUCAUCGUUAUGGCCGGUGAACCUAGCUCUGCCCCGAGAGACCCGGCAGAGCUUAGCAUGGCCUAUAUCCUUGAUACGUCGAAGAUUCGAUAUCCGAAUGAAGCCCAAAUAGGCGAUCGUGCUAUACAGGGCAACAGGAAGGCAAAUGUUGAGAAACAAGGUCCAAACUCCGGGCGUACCUCACGUGAGGCUCACAACGCGACUCCUGAGCAACAAGCGCGUCGGGGACCAACGCUAUCUCGUGAGAGCAUGGCUCAGGCUCCGGCUGGUCGAGGUGGAGACUACGGACCCAACCCUAAUUUGGGUCCUGGUUCCAGACUCCCGCGAGCUUCAAUUGCACAAGCGCCCUCCGGGCCUCCUCCUCCCGGACAAGCUCCUUCUCCGGGCCCACGUACCAAUGGAGCCCAGCCUGGAAUGAAUGCCCGCAGCAAGACACCUACCAAGAUGGACCGUGGCUACACGGGCACCGUUGAUGUUCGUGCUGCAAACGCUGACCGUGGUGGUGUAGAGUCACCUGUAGACAAGGAACAGCUGCUGGAUGGUCAGGGGUCCACCGGUCAGCGUACUCCCACUCAGCCGCAACACAGACUCUCAGCUAAAGCCAUGGAGGCAGGUGAAGCGGCUCCGCUCAUCAGUACUCCCGCUCGUCAGCGAUCGUUGCGUCAACAUCGCCAGAAAGGCUCAGUCGACAGCGGCGAAGAGUCUGUGCUUGGUCGUCAAGUCAGUGUUGAUGGCUCCGUUGAGACUAGAAGCUUCCGAAACUCCAAGACUCUUGGCGAUGAACCUCGAUCGCCAAGGCUGACCCCUCAUCAGGAGGCAUUGAUGAAGGAGCUAGAGGCUGCCAAGGCUCGCAAUGCUUGGUAUGCUUCUGAGUUGUCAUUGGCACGAAAGGCUGGGUACAUGCCCAAUCCAUCCAGUAGCCCUGCUCUGGACGAGCGCCACAGUGACUCCCUGACUGAUGAGGAUCGUCCCCUCGUUGAGGCUUUCCUUGCUAUGAGAGCAGAACUCACUAAAAUGCAAGCCACUGUGGACCGCCAGGCCGCUAUCGCCUCCAAGCGCAUUGCGGAAGUGGAGCAUCAGCGUGAUCUAGCCGUCAGUGAGGCCGCCUACUCACGCGCGAGACUCGCGGCUCACGGUGGUAGCCAGCGCGGCACUCCACAGCCUGAAUCCUCCCGUGAUGGAGAGGAUGGUACAUCAGAGCGGCCCACCGACAUGGGUCGUCGUCUGGCCUUGGCCCUGGCGUCACAGUCUGAACUCAAGGCUAAAUUGGACGUUUUGACGACCGAGCUUCUCCAGGAACGCCAAGCCAAGGACUUGGCCGAAGACACCAAUGAAGCCACUCGGAAGCGUCUGGCGGAGCUUGAGAUGUCGAACAACUCUCUGGAAGCGGAGAAUCUCCGUGCUGAGCUUCACCGCGCCGAAGCUUCUUCUCGAGAGGAGGCACUGUUGCGCUCAGAAGCCGAGGCGUCCUUGAAACAACUCAUCAUCGACAAGGAAGAAUUGCUUAAGCAAGUCGAGGACUCUGCUGGUCGUCUUUCAGACUUUGGCUCCAGCUUUGAUAGCCUGCGAGAAGCUGUUGCCGCCUCUGCCGCCAAAACUGCAAUUGUUGAGAAACAAUUGGGAGAGGAAAGGGAGCGCCGUGAAGGACUGGAGAGAAAGCUCCUUCAACUCCGAUCCGAACACGAAGAGCGCACCACAGAAUUGGAGAAUGUUACGCGUCGCCUGCGUGACGCCGAGGAGUUAGCUGAGAGUCAUGCCAAAGAAGCCGAAACUCAUAAGAUGGCUUUCGUGUCCGGUCUGGAACGUGCUUCCUCAACAGACCUGGAGGGCUCGAUUCGAUCACGAGCCGAUCAACGCGUGGCUGCUCUCGAAGCCCAGGUUGAAAGAUCGACCACAAUCGCCAAGAAUAACCAGGCGGCAGCAGAUGCCGCAGCGGACAAGUUACGACGUGCCGAGGAACGCAUUGCGGGUCUGGAAGCAUAUCAAGAACAGGCCAGCCGUGAAGGCCUGCAGCUGCGCAGACAGCUUCAGACCACCAUGAAGGAGAGCCAGGCGGCUAUUUCCGAAAGCAGAGAUCUGAAAACCCAACUCGAAUCCCAUCAUCGGGAAGCCGGUGUUUUGAGCGUCCAGCAUGCUGCUCUCAAGGAUCUUCUUGGUGAACGCGGCGUGAACACAGAUAGCCGACGAUCACCGCGCCUCGAGUCCCCGGGAUCACGAUUCGGCACCCCGGAGCAAAGCCGGUUGCGAGAACUUGAGCAGCAACUAUCAGCCAGCAUGAAAGCCCAUGAUGACCUGAAGACGACAUUUGAGAGUCGGGAGCAAGAGGCUGACCGGGCAUUCCGGGAGAAACUGGAGCAGCUUGAGAAUGAUUACCAAUCGGCUGUCCACUAUGUCAAGGGCACUGAAAAAAUGUUGAAGCGGAUGAAGGAUGAACUGGGCCGAUACAAGAGUCAGAAUGCCAAGGUGCAGUCUGAGUUGGAAGCAGCCCAGAAGAGCCUGGAGAACGCCGGAAAGCGGACAGAGGCUUCAGCAGAGUGGGAGACUGAGCGCGCCCGCCUUCAGAAAGCAAUCUCCGAUAUUGAGCAGAACACUUCGAUCUCGCUCGAGAGCUUAGAGAGUCAGAUCGCACAACUGAAGGAGGAGCUUGUUGCUGUCGAGGCUGAAAAAGAGAAGUCGCAGGCGGAGCAUGACCGCACCCGGCAGGGUCUCCUUGCUGCUGCCGAACAGAGCCGUAUUGAGCUGGAGCAGCUCAAGCAAGAAAACACACUGUUGGAGACUCGCGCCUCAGAUGCGGAACAGAGAGUCAAUAUGCUCCUGGAGCAGGUGGAGACCUCGGUGGGUCAUUACCGCCGUCAGUCUCAACAUGGCCACGGACUUAAUGGCAUUUCUCGCAGCCACAGCAACGCAUCUAGCAACACUGUCGGAGGGCGUGCCCGAGCCGACAGCAGUGUUUCCCAGGAUUCAACCUCUUUUCCUGACAAUCGUGGAUCCAUGGCCCUAGACUCCCUUGCCAAUGAGCUAGAGGCUCUACGCACUCAUUGGGAAAGCACCAACCGCAACUACCGCCUGAGUAGCCAGCUGGACCUGGAGCGCACCCCGACUAAGGAGAACAGCGACGGGCCCGCCGCGAUGAGCGACAGCUUGGCAGAGUGGCGACGAAGACUGGAUGAGGAAGAACGAGCUGGUAUUGCCGGCAAGGCCCAGCCGGUCAGCGCGGGCAAUGGUCAGCCAUCCUCGAACGUAAUCUAG